AUGGCUAGAUUGAUUGUGGGUUUGGGGAUUGUCAUGCUAAUGUUUAUAGCAUUGGCAGAGGCGACUCCCCCGGGAAUAGCUGAUCAUCCAAGCCAUUCUCAUUGCUCAGAUGAUGAGAUUAAGCAAUGUAAAAAUCUUCCUCAUGUCUGUCCCAAAUUCUGUCCAAAUGGCUGCAUAACCGAAUGUCGUUCUUGCAAGCCUAUUUGUGUUGAUGGCCCAUCUCCUCCCGAGGAACAAACUCCACCAUCGCCAUCUCCUCCUAAGGAAGAAACUCCACCACCCAAGGAAGAAACUCCACCUCCAUCUCCACCCAAGGAAGAAACUCCACCAUCGCCUUCUCCUCCUAAGGAAGAAACUCCACCACCAUCUCCUCCUAAAGAAGAAACUCCACCUCCAUCACCACCCAAGGAAGAAACUCCACCACCAUCUCCUCCUAAAGAAGAAACUCCACCUCCAUCACCACCCAAGGAAGAAACUCCACCACCAUCUCCUCCUAAAGAAGAAACUCCACCUCCAUCUCCACCCAAGGAUGAAACUCCACCAUCAUCUCCACCCAAGGAGGAAACUCCACUGUCAUCUCCACCCAAGGAGGAAACUCCACCGUCAUCUCCUCCUAAGGAAUCAACUCCACCACCUUCAGUGCCAUCCUCAUCUCCACCUCCUCCAGCUUAUCCACCACCUACUCCUAAACCACCCACACCUAAGAUGGUCAAGUGCAAGAACAAGUACUACCCUAGUUGUUAUGCUAACCAGCAUGCAUGCCCUACCUCUUGCCCCGAGAGUUGUCAAGUCGAUUGUGUCUCUUGCAAACCCGUUUGUAAAUGUGACCAGCCUGGAGCAGUUUGCCAAGAUCCACGAUUCAUCGGUGGAGAUGGAAUUACCUUUUACUUCCAUGGCAAGAAGGACAAAGAUUUUUGCCUAGUUUCAGACCCUGAAUUCCACAUAAAUGCACACUUCAUCGGAAGGAGAAACGAGAACAUGAAGAGAGACUUUACUUGGGUACAAUCCAUUGGUAUCCUUUAUGGAACUCACAAAAUCUCAGUUGCUGCACUAAAAACAUCAACAUGGGAUGAUUCCAUUGACCGUCUAGCCCUUCAUUUCAACGAUGAACCAAUAUUUCUUCCUGAAAGUGAAGGCGCGAGUUGGAAGUCUGAAACUGUACGUAAGACCUCAAUUACAAGAAUCAGCAAUACUAACGAGGUUGUCAUUGAUGUAGAAAAUGUAUUGACAAUCACAGCCAAGAUUGUGCCUAUUACGGAGCAUGAAUCGCGAGUACAUAACUAUGGGAUAACGAGUGAUGAUUGCUUUGCUCAUCUUGAACUUGGGUUCAAGUUUGUAUCGUUGAGUGAUGAAGUGAAUGGUGUUUUAGGCCAAACUUAUAAGAAAGACUACGUGAGCAAAGUUAAAAUGGGAGUUUUGAUGCCAAUAAUGGGAGGUGACAGAAAAUUUGCAGCUUCAGGACUCUUCAAUGCUGAUUGUUCCGUAGCUAGAUUUCAAGCAAAUGAAGAACAAUCCGACAUUUUUAAGGCUCCCAUGAACUUAGAGCUUCCAAGUUUGAAUUGCAAUAGCGGAAUUUAUGGACGUGGAGUUGUCUGCAAGCGAUAGACAUUAUUAUCUUACCAUUUUAUAUGAUCAUUUUAUCACAAUAAGGUUUGUAAACCAAUCU